GUGCUACAGUUUCCCUCCAGAAGGAGGGCGACCAGGUCUGGGAGCUGUUUCCACAGAGAUCCAACCAUGAACAAACUAGUCAAAGAAAUAUAGCAGAGGGUUCAGGAAACAAAAGAAGAGGGGGACUGAUUUUGCUAUUCAAGGUAAAAUGGGGAAAGUAAGAAGGCACUUCAGUGGUGCAAGAAGAGACUCAAUUGUUCUAACCUGGCUAAGACUCAGACACUGCAGUCUGAAAAGUGGACUGGCUUUGAUUGGGAAGCACAGAGAUAGGAACUGUGAGUGUGGUGAACUAGAAACUGUGAGAAAUGUUCUUCUUAAGUGUAAGCUCUACUCAUGCCAACAGAAGAAACAUUAGAGACGAGGAGCAGCUGGACGAACUGUUUUUAAUCUUUGCUUUAUACUUAGCAUGGAGGAGUGGACAAAUAUGAAGAAACUUCUGAACUUUCUCAUGACCACAGGACUGCAUAAGAAAAUAUCGAGGAUUCUCUCAGGACUAUGAGUAACAUCCAGUAGGUGGCAGCAAUACGCCAGUGAUGCGUCUAGUCCGCCUAUUUCAAUGAGGAAGAAGAAAAUAACUCAGUGUUUCUGCUGGAACUUCACAGUGUGACACCCGGCGGAUGUAAACAAAGAAGCAUGAGCAGAGUUAGCUUCACUGCUGUGUGGACUGAGCUAUAAAACGGCUGUAUGAUAGUAUGAAUGAGAAAUAUCAGAGCGUUAAAGUAACGAUGGCUUCAGUUCAGUAUCUGAGAGAGUUGAUCAGCGACAGACUAGCUGCUGCUGCUGGAGAAAUAUUCUCAGAGUUUGAAAAAACCAUCGUCCAGUACCAGGAGGAGAUCGAUCGUCAGCGCAGACUGCUGGAUGUCAUCUGGAAACCACACAUCCCCUUACAGCCCAUAGAGCUCCCACAGUCUUAUGUCUGUGAGAAUGAGAAGACUGUCGUUGACCAUCAGCCCCAUGACCAGGAGAGAAACUCCAUGGUGGACCAUGAGGACCCAGAGCCUCUACGGAUUAAAGACCAGCAGGAGGAACUCUGCACCAGUUGGGACCAAUCAAACCCAGAGUUUUCUCAAAUUAAAAUGGAACAGGAAGACUUGUGCACCAGUCUGGACCAAUUAAACCCAGGGUUACCACAAAUUAAAGUGGAACAGGACGAACUCUGCUCCAGUCAAGAGGAAGAGUUAAUUGGAUUGAAACAGGAGACUGAUACCUUUGAGGUGACUCCUGCUGAUGAGGAAAGUGACCACAGUGAACCAAAACCAAACAGUGAUCAGCUCCUGUUUCACAUCUCUUGUGCAGCUGAGAGCCCAGAUCAGGAAGGAAACAAGGAUGUAGACUCGGGAUCAACUAGAUGUAUCGAGCUGAAACCAAGACAUCAGAGUAACAGCAGUCACAGUAAUGAUGUAGACAAUGCUCCAACGGCAGCGAGACAGUGUGAUAAUGACAAGGCAAGAAAAUCUGCAACAUGCGAGGUUUGUGGAAAAGCUUUUGGGCAUAAAUCAAAUUUAAUCGUACAUCACAGAACCCACACAGGUGAGAAGCCAUAUUCUUGUGGAACCUGUGAAAAAAGCUUUAGUCGACGGGCCUAUUUGACUGACCACAUAAGAUGUCACACAGGUGAGAAACCGUAUGUUUGUAACACUUGUGGAAAAAGAUUUUCUGGUUCAUCAGCACAUUAUAGGCACAUGGCAGUUCACAAAAUGGAAAAGCCAUAUUCUUGUGGAACCUGUGGAAAAAGCUUUAGUCGACGGGACUAUUUGACUGACCACAUGAGAUGUCACACAGGUGAGAAGCCGUAUGUUUGUAACACUUGUGGAAAAAGAUUUUCUCAUUCAUCAACGCAUAGUAGGCACAUGGCAGUUCACAAAAUGGAAAAGUCAUAUUCUUGUGGAACCUGUGGAAAAACCUUCAUUCAACGUUCCCGAUUGACUGACCACAUGAGAUGUCACAUAGGUGAGAAGCCAUAUUCUUGUGGAACCUGUGGAAAAAGCUUUAGUGAUCGGUCCUAUUUGACUGAACACAUGAGAUGUCACACAGGUGAGAAGCCGUAUUCUUGUGGAACCUGUGGAAAAAGUUUCAGUCAACGAUCCUCUUUGACUCACCACAUGAGAUGUCACACAGCUGAGAAGUCGUGAUCCUGAAACAUCUGUGGAAAACAAUGUCAAAACUAAGCUUGAAACAACAUGAAAGAAUUGGUACAGGUUAAAAGUAGAUGUUUUACAUUGAGUUCUGCCAUCUUUUAAGUAAAAGGAGGCAACGAGAUACUGAGACAUUGUGACAGUAGGACACAACAGAGUGUGUCACUGCAGCAGAGGAGAUCUGGACGUGAAAUAAAGUUGUAAUAAAACAUGUACAGCUCCAUGACUGCUUCAUGAAAUGUUUUGAAUGUUUUCAAACAGAUGGUCAUUUACAAGUUGUUUUAAUGAGUGUAACACUGAAGAUCCCCAGCAAGAAUAUCUCUGAGUCAGAUAUCAAAGACAUAACCAGUUUAUUUAUAUAGCACCAAUUACAGUGAAGUUGUCUCAAGAUGCUUUACAGAACCCGUAUGCCUGAACCCCCAGAGCAGCCCAAAGGCAACAGUGGCAAGAAAACACCCUUUUAACAGGAAAAAAACGUUGAGCAGAACCCGGCUCUUUAUGUGGGGGAACCAUCUGCUGCUGGUUGAGAGGAACAGAAGAGGUAGAGGUAUAAUAUGCAAAUGCUGUUGUUCAGAGAACCCUACAGCUGAAUGGACUGAAUGCUCAGAAAUGGACAACAAAGAGGGAUGGAGAAUCCUGAGCAAGGACACUGCAGUGAGAGCACACUCUGGAGUUAGUCUAGGAAUAAGAAAACACACAACAACUGAGAGCAAGAGGCAAUGGAGCUAGACAGAACGGUGAGAGCACUGAUGGAGAACAUUAAUGGUCAGGUGGUGAGUAGUGUCAGGUUUUAUGGAGGAGUUGGAGUGACUGAUUGGAUUCCUCCACCUGCUCGUGCUCUGCUCUGAUGAUGAUGAUGAUGAUGAUGAUUGUCCACAGCUACUGCCAGCCUCUGUGCACAGCUUAGAGAAAACAGGACCAGGGGAGAGAGAGUGCUGCCACUAUCUAGAGCCUGGAGCUGCAGGAGUGACAGGUUGAUUCAGUUCUCUUCACAUUUCAGUUUCUUCUUCUUCUGCUGGGUCCAUCAGAGGUGCAGAAGGUGGGGUUGGUUCUGCUGCUGACUCAGAACGUGUUGGCAUUGGUAUAGGUGCUGCUUCUUCAGUAGGAACUGGGAGGUUUGGAUUCUUCUUCAUGCGUCGUUUAUAGAACAGAAAACCAAUAAAAGCCAACACAGCAAGAACUAUCACACCUGCAACCAAUCCUCCAAUGACUGCAACCAUGUCUCCUCCAUCUCCAAUGCUUCCUUCUUGGUCUCCUACAGACAGAGAUAUCAGAGGUAUCAGGUGUUUGAACAUCAGUCAGAUCAGCUGUUUUCUCCAAAGUCUCAUCAGCAACAUCUUUAUAAACCACAAACAUCUGAUCUGAGACCAAGCAGCUUCAUCAGAGACACAAACUGAACUCUCAACACAAACUCACCUGGUUCAACAACUUCCAGGUUGAUGCUGCAGAUGAGUUUGUUCUCUCCCUCAUAAACCCGGCCCUCAUAUCUUCCAGUGUCGUUCUUCAUCACAUUCUUCAGAAUCAGAGAAAAGUCUCCGUCCUUCAUUUCUUUGUCCUGCAGAUCCACCCGGUUCUUAUAAGAUCGAUGCUGGUUGUGUGGAUCUAAGUGUCCAUACUGCCAUCGAAGAACAUAUUCUGGAUCCAGCCCAUGUCUGUUCCACUCUACACCUGUGAAGUUUUUGUAUUUGUCGGGAACUUUACAUGUCAGAGUGACAUUCUCUCCAACAUCAGCUGUGAUGUUUGUCAGAGCUGAAGAAGAAAGAAGAGAGAAGUUAAAGUUGAUCCAGAUGAGAAGAGUUUAACCACUAAACUCCUCCAUGAACUCUGAGCUGCUGCUUCUGCUUCUAUCAGGACUUCCAGGAUAUUAAAGGUUAAAACGAGUUUCCCAUUAAAACCUCCAUGUUCGAGCUUCCUGUCAUUACAGCAUUAAACCAUUAGUCUGUAAUUCUGGAGCUUUGGCUUCAAUAUAGCCAUUUUUACUGUUUUCCACCAUUUUAUGUCUUUUUUCAUAUUUGCAGCAAAUAGAAGCUUUUCCUUUGUUUGAUGGUAUGGCAGUUAAACGUAGUCUUUCCCUCCUGUUGUUCUUCAUGAAUCCAACACAUAGCUUUUAACCUUCAGAAAUAAAUCUGCUGGCUUCUGUUUUUGGAUCAUUUUCCUGAUAAACUUUUUCAUGUUUUAUGCUAAUUUUAUCCUGUAAAUGUUGUCUCUUUAUAGAGUUAGAGUGAAUGCAGCUCAUUAAAAAGCCUUAAAUGUUUCCUUCCUGGUCCUGACACAAGAUUGUGUCAUAAUCAUUUCAAAGAACUCAUCUAUGUUUCCCAAACAGUCUAUAAAUUCCUGGUCCUUUAGUUUCAUGAGCUGAACGUCUUUCACCACUUUAGUCUCUUCAUACAGGACAUGUAAAACUGUUUCUAAUAUUAGAUAUUAAAAUAUGAAUUUGCAAGGCUA